AUGCGCUCGUUAAAUCCACUAAUAAUUGCCUGCCUCUUUUUUUUUGGCACAGGUGCUUUGGCACUGAACCUCACUGGCGAAACAGCGCUGCUUGAUGCCGCGCCCACAACGACCAACCGGCGACACGCCACGGCCGUGACGUUCGGCGAACUAGGCGUCUUCGAUUUCCGCGGCAACGGCCACGCCCGCGUCGCGCUCUCUCUCGGCGCCUUCUCCUCCGAAAAAAAGGACACCCCCGCGGACAAGCGCCUACGCUCUGCGCUUUCCACAGGAAGCACAGAAAACACAAGCAACUCAGCAUUGGCCAGCCGCCAGGCAGCUCAGGGGCAGAGUCCGGUGCGCACCACAGAGUCGGUGGAGCUGGACCACGUGUAUUUGAUAUUUGCCAAAGCACGUGCAGUGAAUAACUUUGUCGCUCGACUGCAUACUGCCCAUAAAAGGGAGAAUGGUCAGAGAGUGGUGGGGCAGAGGGGGGCGGAUGACGAGACGGCAGCGCUGAUGUUGUGCUCGGAUGUCGGAAGCUGGCUGGAGAGCGAGUUUGUCGCGCCCAUAUCGGCGCUACGCCGGCCUGCAAAAAAGACAAAAGAGGCAAGUGAUGCAAAUGAGGCAAAGGAGGCGGCGGCUGUGGAGGAAGAGGACAGGCCGAAGAUCUCGUUCAUUGCUGCGGCCACCGGACAUCCGACGCUGGUGGCGGACGGGCUGCCAAGGGUAACCAAAGUCACGGGCAUGCAGAGGCGUGGCGCGACACCGACCCCGGAAUCAACAAGCAAUUCAGAAUCAGCAACAACAGCAAGACCCCGGCCCAGCGCCGAUGCGCCGCCGCUGCUGCUGGGCGCUGAUUCCACAGCCAACGACGUUUUCCUGGUCGAGUACGAGUGGGAGUGGCUGGUGCAGCACGGCGGCGAGUACGCGGUGGUGAUAGCCAACUGCGCAGCAACAACAAUGCAGUUCAAGUACAAUCUGAUCAUGGCCAACCGCGGGCUCGACGGGCAAUGGACGAACCUGCCAGCGGGGUGGAUUCCCGUCCAGCGCGUUCUCCCGGCAGUCAGCCACACGCUCUGGGCACUAUCGCUUGCAUUAUGGGCUGUGGCCGCCGUGCACGCGCAUGUGCGGCGGCGGGUGCGGCCGGUGUUAGCAGCGGUGGUGGGGUUUGUGCCGGUGCUGCGGCUGCUCAGCAGCCUGGCGGACCAGAGCCGGAUGCGCGUGUGGGGCGCCGGCGCGUACGAGGUGACAAUGGUGGCGGUGUCCACCAGUCUGGUGGACGCAUUGGCUGACGGCACGCAGCUGCUGGCGCUUCUGGCGCUGUCGAAGGGCUGGGGCGUAGUGCGCGCAAGGCUGGCUGGCACGGAGAAGCGGCUGGUGCCUGGGCUGGUGGUUUUCGUUGGCGUCGCUACGCUGUAUGACGGCGCAACAAGGGGCGGCGGCGUACUGGCCGUUGGUGUGCUGCAGAUGGCUGCUGCGUGGUAUGCAUGUGCGAGCAUGGCGCAUACGCGGCGCGCACACGCGGUGCAGACUCUGAGGCUGGUCAGCCGCAAUGAGACGGCGCUGGCGCGGUGGUGGGCGACGCAGGCCCAGGCGCAGCAGGGCAGCGGCAGUGGCAGUGCAGCCAGCAACCAGGCGCAGCAGCUGGGCUGGGCGCCGGCCGUGGCGCUGCAGCGGCUGGCGGCAUGCAGCUGGGCGUGCGUAGCAGCGGAGUCAGCCUCGGCCGAGCGCAGUCGCUUAGCGCUGGUAUGGAGCGCUGUGCGCAAGGAGCGGCUGCUUCGGCGGGUGCACCGGGUGGCGCUGCCGCUGCAGUGCGUAGAUGUCGGUGUUUUGCUGGCAAGCAGCUUCGCUGUGCCACCGCAUCGCGCGUUUGUUGGGCUGCUGUUGGUGCAGGCGGCGCACUGGGCGGCCUUUAUGGCAGUGUUUCUGGUGCUGGCGCUGGAUGGGCUGGAGCUGCCUGAUGUGCUGUUGCCGCCGCUGCCGGCGAUUGCUGCGCGCAGGUCCAUUCCGCUGCCCCCGACUCAGACGCGUGCGGCGGCUGCUGUGUCGCAUCGCCCGAUGCCGCCGCUGGGCCACCUGCGCCUGCUCCGGAGCGCAACGCCGUUUGCCGCCACCGGCUAG